CGAGACUCGAACGCGUCAACAAGGUAUAAGACCGGCCGCACACGACCCGACCCCGGCAUGCGUAGCGCGCGCGCACCGGCCCGCUGACGCGCAGGGAUGGCAGCGCGCCGCGCAGCCGCCGCGCACUCAACCAACUGUGAUACGUUAACUUAAUUUCGCAUUAGCAGUAGUCAUAAGGAAACUCAUACGUCCGUGCUGUAUAGACUUUGAGAGACAGUGUUUUGUGUGAAGCCGCCCAUAUGAUCGUCCCGAUGGCAGCGUACGCGCAAUUUGGCUAUUCGUACCCGCCCGCCUCGCAGUUGCUCGUGAGCAACAGCGGGGCGGGCACCGGCGGCGCCGCCACCUCGCCGGAUGGUGGGUCGAGUUCGGCGCCGCCGCUCUCGCCCGGCGGGUCCGGCGUGGCCGGCGGCGCGUUGUCCCCCGGCGCGAACAGCCACGCCAGCACGCCGGCUGCGUCCUGCUGCGACACUCCCCGGCCCAUCAUCACGGAUCCAGUGUCCGGGCAGACGGUGUGCUCCUGCCAGUACGACAAUGCAAGACUAGCCCUGACGUCAUACCCGAGGCUGUCGAGCGCAGCAGUCGGCGUCUACGGCGCGCCCUACCCGUCCACUGACCAGAACCCAUACCCCAGCAUCGGCGUCGACAGCUCAGCUUUCUACUCGCCACUGAGUAACCCUUACGCGCUGAAGGAAGGCGGCGGCGAGAUGUCUGCGUGGACGUCGGCGGGCCUGCAGCCCUCCGGCGGCUACUACCCCUACGACCCCACUCUCGCGGCCUAUGGAUACGGAGCUGGAUACGAUUUAGCUGCCCGGCGGAAAAACGCGACGCGAGAGUCGACCGCAACACUCAAAGCGUGGCUGAACGAGCACAAAAAGAACCCCUACCCCACAAAAGGAGAGAAGAUAAUGCUUGCAAUCAUCACCAAGAUGACACUGACGCAAGUGUCGACGUGGUUUGCCAACGCGCGCCGCCGCCUGAAGAAGGAAAACAAGAUGACAUGGGAGCCGAAGAAUAAAACAGACGACGACGACGACACCAUGCUCUCUGAUGAAGAAAAGGACAAGGAUGAACAAGAUGAAAAAAUUAAGACCCACAAAGAUGAGGAGCGGAAGGGGGACGACAUGCUGCAGGGUAUGCAUCAUCAGCUGCUCGGCUACGGCAUCAAGGAGGAGUCGAAGCGCGGCUCCUCCGACUGCGGCGUGCCGAUCCCCGCGUCCAAGCCCAAGAUUUGGUCCCUGGCGGACACGGCAGCGUGUAAGACGCCGCCGCCGGCUGCGCAGCCUUGGCCCCAGCAUUCGUACGGGCCCGAGCGCGCGGCGGCAUCCGACGGCAGCUCCAAUGGAUUCGCGCUGCCAGCCACGGCGGCGGCUAGUCCAGCCAGCGGCUCGUACGGCCGCUAUGGAGGCUUCCCUGGCGGCCAGUACGGUGGACAGCACCCGUGCGUACACCCCGCGGCCUUCCCUGACGUGCAGACCGACACGCCGCCUCAAACACCACCGAACAUGAAGGUUCCGAGCGUCGCCAACCCACUGGGCAGCGGUGGCGGCUCCGGCUACUGCUUCCCCCGGCACCAGCAGUCGCCGCAGCGCGACCCCUACCACAACCCCCAUCACGGUGCAAACAGCCAUCAGCCCAACCAGCCCCAUCACAACGAAGGAUCUGCGGCCUUCAAGCCAUUCUAUAAAAGCUCACUACAACACCCCAACGGUUUCGUGUCGGCCGUCUGAAAGCGGACCGCGCGCCACUAGCGGUAAAGUAAGUGAAACCUGGGUCGCUGCACACGCAUCACCAUUAGGAACUGUCGAAGUCACAGUGGCACAGUGUUUCCGUUCAAUAACAUAAUGAUGACACGUCGUAGGGGCAUAGAACUAUGGCUGAAUGUACGACAACAAUUGUAGAAUCUUUGUAAAAUUAUUAUUUGGAACUACAUUUAUUUGUAUAUCGCAUAGUGUAAUUUCUACUUCUUAAACUUAAAAUGCACAGAUGAAAAUAAUGUAUAAAAGUACAUAAAUUUUGUUUUGAUGUGAUUUAUGUCGACGGUUGUCUUUACAUACUAUCAAAUUGUAUGAAAUCAAUAUUGCUCAGUAUUUUUAUAGAUUUAAGAAUGAUACUAAAAUAAUAUCCAAAUUAUUUAGAGAUACACGAAAUGCGCAAUUAUGAUGUAAAAUUAAUGUAACCAUUUGUUUUAGUGAAUUAUUGUACAUUUAACGGAAUUUCUCAACCGGGAUUGUACGACAUAAAGGAAUCUGUUGUUAUGACGAUGUGCUUUCUUUCUAAGUUCUUCCAUUGUAACUUGAUUUUAAUAUUUUGGAGCAAUAAGUUAUAAUUAGUUCAGGUGCCAGACUUUACUUUCUAGUUUUAAGUGAUUUGUACAUUUAGUGGAAGGGAAGGUUAGUUCGGUUCGCAGUUUAUUAUAAACAUUGAAUUUAAUUUUGUUAAAAACUAGAUGGAACAUCGAUUUGCAAUCGUCGAUUUGGUUAUUGUUGUUGUCAUUGUAUAUAAAAUGUUUUGUAGAUUUUCUACUUUUAGUUUCUCGAGAAGUGUACAAAGUAAUUAGUAUGGUUUCGCUACAAUCGAUGUCGUUCACAAACACAUCGAAAUGAAUUUUAUAAAUAUUGUUUAAAAGUAUUAUUAGAAUACAUUGUAAAUAAAUAUAUUCUGAAUAUUUUAUUUUUAAAUCGGUCGUAGUCUCUUGACAAGAUCAGGGAUUUUUAAAUAAUAGGAUUUUAUUUGUUUGAUGUUGGAUUUUAGUCAUGUGGGUUAAGUCUUAGGUACAUACAUAUAUGAAGAUGCUAUUGAGGAAGAUGAGUUUAAUAAGAUGCAAUUGAUAGGGUUUCUGUAGUAGAACUAAUCUGAGGCCAUAUUUGAACUAGAUAUCCGGAAGCAACUGACCACCAGAUUUUGCUCUGUACUUUGUCAGGCACUACACGAAAUGUCCACUUAUUUAUGCUGUUAGGCUUUAAAUUAAGUUCGUUUGUUAAUACAUUGGUGAAAUUUACACAGUAUAUAGUAAGAGUUUGCACACGUCGAUUAAUUAUUAUUAUUAAUAAAUUGAUUCAUAUUACAAGCAACGAAGUGUUGGAAAUAGAUAUCCCUCGGCAAUAUUUUAUUUAAGAUAUAUCCUAAGCCUUUACAUGUAUAGGUCACAACACUGAACUGUUCAACGCAAUAGUUUGGAGGCUUUACAAAUGU